AUGGCUGUUGCUGCUUUAGAACUCGAAGAUGACGCUGAAGAAAUUGAUGACGGUUUGAAACAGAGCUGUUGGGCUAACAUGCCUCAAGAGCUCUUGAGAGAGGUCUUGAUCAGGAUUGAAUCAUCCGAAAAUAAGUGGCCUUCCCGGAAGAAUGUUGUUGGUUGUGCUACUGUUUGUAGGAGUUGGAGAGAGAUCAUGAAGGAGAUCGUUAAGAGGCCUGAGAUUUUCGGGAUGUUGACUUUCCCAAUUUCUGUCAGGCAGCCUGGUCCUAGAGAAUCUCUCCUCCAAUGCUUUAUAAAAUGGAAACGGUCUACUCAAACAUAUUUCCUUUUCCUUAGUUUGACUCAAGCACUUGCUGAUGAUGGAAAGUUUCUUCUUGCUGCUCGCAAGUUUAGACGCACCACAUGUACCGAUUACAUCAUCUCAUUACAUGCUGAUGACAUGUCAAAAGGGAGCAGUAGAUAUAUUGGAAAAUUAAGGUCAAACUUUUUGGGAACAAAGUUUAUUUUAUAUGAUGGUUUGCCGCCUCAUGAUGGAGCUAAAAUGACAAAGAGUCGCUCCACAAGAUUUAUGGGGUCCACUCAGGUUUCCCCUAGAGUUCCUGCUGGAAGCUAUCCAGUAGCUCACAUCUCAUAUGAGUUGAACAUGUUGCAGGAAUUAGCAAUACUAUACUGCAAUUGGAAGUCCACUCAGGUUUUCCCUAGAUUUUCCAAUGUUAUUUAG